AAAUAAAACAUAUGGAAAAUGACAAUGACAAGUAAAUAAACAGUGAUAAAAUUCGGCGAAAAUGUUUAUUUUCCAAAGAAAAUGUACGUGUGAUUGUAUUUUACAAUUCAAGAACUUGUUGUAACACAGAAUACAUCGGUAAAUAUAGGUGUUACUAAAUAUAUACUGUAGUAUCAGAUAAUUAGGAGAUAUGGUCUACAUUUGAUCUUUGACCACAUGGAACUAUAAUUAAAUAGAAAAAUCGUUCAGUAUGGAGGAAAAAUCGGUAAGUGGCAUCGAGAAAAAGAUAAGGUUUAGACAGCCGACCAAAAUAUUAUUCAAGCAAGAUAGUAAGAUCGAAGAUUUAAUUGGAAAUGAGUAUAAGGAAAAAGGUGAUAUGGACUAUACAAGAUCAGCAAAAUCUCCAUCGCUUCUCUCGUUCCUUCAAGUUGAAGUAACACGAGAUUAUCUGCUUGAAAAUGAUGAAGAACGCUUCAGUGCCAGAAGGGAAAAGAUUUAUUCCUUUAUGAGAAUACCAAAAGAAGUUGAGAAGUUUAUGCAAUAUGGCAUCAUGCACUGUACUGACAGUUUCCUUUUUUUGUACACUUUCUUGCCUGUUCGAGUGGUUCUAGCGUUGUGGGCGCUUGUUACAAGACCAUUUUCUAAAUGUUUUGGUUUAAAUAAUCCAAACAGGAAGAUUCUAACACCAGCUGAAAUCUGUGAUCUAUUAAAAGCCAUAAUUCUAGUCUUUUGUACCACUGUUCUAUGGUGUUUAGAUACGAAUAUGAUGUACCACAUGAUAAAAAGUCAGUCUGUAAUAAAACUGUAUCUAUUUUAUAACAUGUUGGAGAUUGGAGAUAGGCUGUUUAGCUCUUUGGGACAGGACACUAUAGAUGCACUGUUCUGGACGGCUACCGAACCUAGAGGGAAAAAACGGGAACAUCUGGGUGUUAUUCCUCAUCUAGUUUUUGUCCUUGUUUAUGUCAUAUUGCAUAGUAUAUUAGUUCUAUUUCAAGCUACAACACUUAAUGUAGCGGUAAAUUCAAAUAACAAGGCCUUAUUGACAAUUAUGAUGUCUAAUAAUUUUGUAGAAUUGAAGGGAAGUGUGUUUAAGAAAUUUGACAAAAACAAUUUGUUUCAAGUGUCUUGCAGUGAUGUGAGGGAACGAUUUCAUCUUGUCAUACUUCUCUUUAUUGUCAUUCUUCAAACACUAAGGGAAUACAGUUGGAAAAUCGAUAAUGUAUGGGUACUGUUAGUGGAUUGCUUUGCGGUACUUUUUGCAGAAGUACUUGUGGAUUGGAUUAAGCAUGCCUUUAUAACAAGAUUUAAUGAGCUUCAUUUAGACGUGUACAAAGACUAUCGGACCAGCUUAGCCUACGACUUGGCCCAGAGUAGACAAAAACACGCCUUUUCUGACCACUCGGACUUGGUAGCCAGAAGAAUGGGUUUCAUCCCACUUCCUCUCGGCGUUAUCAUGUUCCGCGUGCUCUUUACCUCGAUUAAUAUCAAAAAUAUACCGGCUGUCAUUAUUCUCCUUGUUGCCUACCUUUGUCUGUGGUCCACGAAAAUACUGAACAGUAUAUUUAUACUGGGGAAGGCUUGUGCGUUUAUCUCCCAACACAAAAUGGAGAAGAACCUUCAGAGUAGUCCUUUGAAUAAUACAGAUGUUAAGGAAAAGCUUAAAGACAUCGCUACUAGUCCUCAGCAUCCGGUUUACGAGCAACCGAGACGAGGAAGCUACCUCAAAAGCAGCUUCCCAUCUAUAGAUGUUAAAAACGAUGAUUUAAUUGUAAACUCACCUCCAAGUGACCUUGGCGCUUCGGCCAUCUUUGCCAAUAGCACCGUUGAUUUGAAGAACGCAAGCUUGAAUGAAGAACUGCUUAAAGUUAACGGGGAAGACAUCAGGAUAGAGCAGACUUCCGAAGAAAUUUUGACCAGAAGCGUACCCGACUUCAAAAAGGAACUCAGCGAAAACGAGCUGAUGUCCAAGACUGAGAUGGAGAACCUGAAAAAAAGCGAGAGCGAGCCAAAUCUUAUCAAUAUGGCCGACAGUCAGUGUAAAGAUACGUAAACGAGG